AUUGGUUCACUUGUUGUAUGAAUCUCGUGUCCAAAUAUGAUUGGUUUACUUUAAUACAUAGCCUAAAGGCACUCUCUAAGGCUCUUCAUUGUCAAAGGCAGUUGUUAUAAUAUAUGUGAACUCGCUGUACUCCAACUUUUAUACAUAGCCCAAAGGCACUUUGUUAUAUAUAUGUGUAUUUAAUAAUGCUGGAACCAGUGCGGGUCACAAAAAGGUCACAGGUGUUUUUCUCCAUACAGAUCAUUGUCCUGUUGGAAUAUAAAUCUCCGUCCCAGUUUCAGGUCUUUUGCAGACUCCAACAGGUUUUCUUCCAGAAUGGUCCUGUCUUUGGCUCCAUUCAUCUUCCCAUCAAUUUAGCCAUCUUCCCAUUCCCUUCUGGAGAAAAGCAGGUCCAAACCAUGAGGCUGCCACCACCAUGUGUUACAGUGGGGAUGGUGUGUUCAGGGUGGCUUGUGGCAAACGUUAAACAAGACGUUUUUUUGGAUAUCUUUGAGAAAUGGCUUUCUUCUUGCCACUCUUCCAUAAAGGCCAGAUUUGUGCAGUGUACACUCAAAAAAAUUACUCAGGGUUUGUACCAUGCUGACCAGAGGUUUGGUCCGGGUGUACUUUCUGAGUCAAAUGGAUGUCAGGAUGUGGGUCUUUGGCAUGGGAAACAUCUGAUACAACUGUGUACCUCUGUACAAGGCAGCUUCAGCCUAAAGAAUUUUACUGAAUAUGCUGCCUAUUUGGAGAAAGCCAUCUUCUCCCAUUCUCAAAGACAGGUAGACACAGAUGAGAGUUGGCUACCUAAUGACACAAAUAAUGCUUUCCCUUGUGGUAUGGAGAACUACUCUGCAGAUGGUGACCACCUACCCUUCCCCCCAGACCGUAAACGAGAGUUUGACAAACAUUUUUAUGGCCAGCUGGGAGAACCUGACUCUCAUGUGUAUAAAGGCCACCGAGAACAAUCACACAACAGCCUGCCCUUACAAGUCCGUAUAUUGGCUCACGUUCACAAGCACAGCCAGCAGGCUGAAAAGUUAGACUGGGAUGUUGAUGCAGUUCUUUCAUUAAAAAGGGACCGUUUUGGUCCUAAAGGACAGUUGGAAGUGACAUCAGAGCUGUUGAUCCAGCAGGCAUCCAUAGGAAAAGGACCAGCUAUUUUAAAAAUUCUUCUAGAUGGCCUUGUUCAUCCUGAUGUAGCAGACUCUCAGGGGCACACUGCACUGAUUGCUGCCACAGUUAACUGUCAUAAUGACGUAAUCCAGUUGCUGUUAGAUUUGGGUGCCGACAUCGACAAGGUGAAUUGCGAGGGGAUGUCGGCCUUGUCUGUUUGUCAUGUACUCUACUAUCCUUUUCAGUCUCUGUAUACGUUUGCAGGACUUACGUGCACAACACAAGCUAAAGAGACCAAGGUAUACACAGAGGGAGAUGAGGAAAAGGCAGACAGUAAGAUGACAUCUCCUACUAUGUCUCAUCAAAUUAGGCAGGCGGAGCCAAGCAAAGGCUCUAGUUGCAGUAAGAGAAUAAAAGGAAAAGCAAGGAACAGAAGAGAAGAUGGCAAGUUAGAAGGUGGUGAUAAGACAAGGGAGUUUUAUGAGGCUGAAGGGAGAGACGACAGUGGGACUGAGGACAAGGUCCUGCUUUCAGAACGCUCAGUUGAAGUGAAAGAGGGUCAUAUUGUAUUGGGCAGCGUGAAGUGGAAGGAAUAUUUAUCCAAACCUGCAAAGCAGGACACCAACAAAAAUGUCAAUGCAGGACACGCUUUUGACUCUGGGUGCUGCAUGUACAACUACAACAUCCAUGUCACUGAGAGUCUACUGCAGGAAGCAGCCGAUGCGUUGAGCCAUGCUUGGUUUCAGCAGAAUUCUGGUGAUACUGAGGAGACUGUUCGCAAAAUGGCUGCAAUGAAAUUUGAGCACCGUGUUCGUUUGACCACACUGAAUCUAUUACUGGAUCGAGGAGCUGACCCAAACACCUCAAGAAUCCCCUUACCUGUCAUCUUUUUGGCCAUUUUGGCAGCAGAUACUAACACUGUCAGGAAACAUUUACUAUGUGGAGCACGAACAGACAUUUCCCUCCCUCCUAAGAGGAAAGGACUUUAUCCUCUUCAUGUAGCUGCAGCAUUGCCAGGUCUGGAAGGUCCUGAAAUCACAAAACUGCUGCUGCAUGCUUUAACGGAUCCGGAUGCACGGGCAUGCGAUCAAGACGACAUCUAUGAACCAGAUAAGGGUCCCACAAUAACAGCAAAAUCCUGGAGGAUCCGUAAUAAACCACUUCCUAAGGAAGGAGGUCGAACAGCUCUGCACAUAGCCUGCCAGAGAGACAGCGACUAUUGUUGUGCCUAUUUUGUACAGAAUGCCAGCAAGGUAGUAUCUCUCUUGCUCUCCUACAAAGCAAGCACGGACUUCCUCUGGAGCGGUCAUUCUCCUCUUUCUUUGGCUAUAGCAAGUGGCAAUAACACAGCAGUGGAAGAGCUUUUAAAAGGAGGUGGCGAUCCUAACCUUCCCUUAGGUCGUGGAGUGGGCAGUGCCCUUUGUGCCCUUGGAAACUUCAACUAUCGAUUAGAUGCCAACAGACCAAGACUGCUUGACAUGUUAGAGAAGGUUGGCGCAGACAUACUGAUGCCAGUUCAGGUUGGUGAUUCUAUCGGAACGGCAGUGGACUACGCACACGUCUCCUUCGACCAGGAUUCCGGUAUAGCCCAUACUCCAUAUCAUGCACUUAGCAUGGCGGGUAGAGAGACAUUCAGAAUACAGCGUCUGCUCCUAAGCAUGAUGGGAAGUCUGCUCAAGAAGACUGUUGCCCAGAGAGAAAGAGAGCAUCUCGAGAGAGAGGAGUGCCGUGUACAGAGUGGUGCAAUUUCUCCCUCUGCAGUAAAACGACGGUCACCAUUUAGGUUCUGCUACCAUUGCGGCCGCUCUGCUGCUGUGAAGCUAACUGCUUGUACUCGCUGCCACAAAGUCUUUUACUGCUCAAUGGCCUGUAAACUGAUAGCAUGGGAUGAGAGACACAAGGAGGAGUGUCUGCGGGAGGCAGGGUCUGUUCCAGUCAAUUUUGAGAAGAGAUUCAUGAUCCAGACCAAAAAAGGACCCAAGACGAUCAUAUUUUCAUCCAGAAGACCAUUUAAUGUCCAGUUUAAAUCCCAAGUCAUGGUCCUUGAUGACAAUAAUCCAGAUUGGCAAGAUAUCAACCUGAAGGAAAACUAUAGCUACAACUGACACUGUUGUGUAUCAUUUUUAAGUUCAGGCUGGACUGGAUCAUAGUUCAACUGGCUUGGGUUUUGAAUCAGAGUACACUUGGUAAUUGAGCUCACACACCUACGGGUAAUUUAGUCUUUAGUUAAGCAAAACUACAUGUAUUAACUACUGUAUUUGUUUUGCCUCCGCCGGGUUUGUUUACUACACUAGUAUGUGCGACAUGAGCAUUCAUGCUUAGCCAAUUUAUAUCUACCCACUAAUAAGACCUGAGCCAGAUUUGAAAAAAACAAAACAACAAAAUAAUUGACCUGCAGUGCGAUAAUAGUCUUUGAGUCUUAUAGUUAAAUUAAUUCCCUGAUAAGACUGAUAUUUACCAUUUAUAUUAGCUUGCUUGCUCGCUAGCUAUUUUAAUGCAGUAAAACUCAACUCAUUCACUACUAGGGUUGCCAACUAUCCCUUGAAAAACGGAAUCGUCCGGUAUUCAGAAACAAAAGUAUGCGUCCUUUAUUGAGCUUUCAAGGGACGCGCUUUGUCCUUUAUUAUCGUCAAACUCAAAAGUAGUGCCGUAUUUGUAGAACAAACUAAUACAGUGAUCCCUCGCUACUUGGCGCUUAAAAACUUCGCGGCCUCAGUCCAUAGCGGAUUUUUUUUUUCAAUAAAAAAAAAAAAUGCUGGAUUUUAUAGCGAUUUCCCAUCCUAUCACGUACAACCUCUCACCCUCCCUGCUGAAGCGUUUCUCACCAGGCAGCUGCAGCUUGUUAAAGUAAACGAUGAGUGCCAAGGGAGCUGCUUUGAAGUGGCCAGACAACUACCUUUCAAAGGCCACCGCCUUGUUUAACUUUUUAAUCAUUGGCUGUAAUCGCUAUGGCUACUCAUUGUGUUGUGUGCUGUUCUAAGCAGCAUGAGUUGAUUUGAGAGGACUCACACAAUGAAGAAUUUAAUAAAGAAUUAUACUUUGGGGGAAAAAAGAAAAAAAAUCAUGUCUGAUAUGUAUCUCUUUCCAAUGCUAAAUAUGAAUAAAUACAUUAAAUACAAUCAGACGUCGCUCAACCGCCUUUGUUUCAACCUAGCCUUAAAAAGAAGGUAAGUAAUUAUAUUCAUUAUUCAAAAUGUCUGUCAUUUUUAGCUUAGAAUUAUUAAUUGAUGUCUAAUAUUUCGUUUGGGGAAAAAAAAAAUUUUUGGCAUCUUUAAAAAAUUCACAGAUAUCUACCUCAUAACUAUCGCUGAAUUGUUUUUUUUUUUUUACUGUUGCAUUUUCCCCAAUAUGUUAGACGAUAAAUAAUUGAUCCAAACAAAGAAAAUUUGGAAAAUAACGUUUAAAAGUGUAACUAUAUGAAAAAGAAAAUGUCAACCACUCCUUGUUGUCUGCCAUUUCUGCAUCGCAACCCUUGUUAUAUCACCAUGUUUAACCCAUUAAAAAAAAAAAAAAAAAAUCCAACAUAAUAUGUUACACUCAUCCAGAAUCUUUAGUUUAGGCUUAAGGUAGGGUUAUCAAAUUUAUCCUGAUAACAGCGACAAUUUACGUAAUUUUUUAAAAAAAUGUGUCACGUGAACAUAUUUAACACAAUUAAUGCAAGCGCCGCAUGACCCUCUCACUCAUUGCCGCGCUCAGUCUGUAAUGACGCCGUUUUACCUAUAUAGAGAGAUAAACGGCAGCACAGAAUGAGUAGAGUGAACUUUAGCAGCCUUUGGAGCCUUUUAUUAAUGGGCUAAAGCCUUGCAAUCCCUCUCCGCAUUAUUAGAAAUAUCAUGGGAAGCAAUGUGGGGAAGCAAGAUAGCAAUUGAUUAUUGUCUUUACACCUCAUGUUAUUUCCCCACGCAGAGAAGAUAUAGCAAUUGGUAGCACGUUGCACAGUCAUGGUUCCACUUCCCAUCAUGCAUUUGGGAUGGCCACAGUAUCAUUUACUGAAAGCUCAACAAAUACACUAGAUGGUAAUGUUUAGUCACAAUAUACAGUCACAAGUCUUUGUAUCCGUGGAUCCCUCUCACAGAAAGAAUGUUAAUAUUGUAAAUGCCAUCUUGAGGAUGUAUUGUCAUAAUAAACAAAUACGGUACUUAUGUACUGUAUGUUGAAUGUAUAUAUUCGUCCGAGUUUUAUUCAUUUUUUUCUUAAUGCAUUGCCAAAAUGUAUAUGAUCGGGAAAAAUUAUCGGGAAUGAUUGGAAUUGAAUCGGGAGCAAAAAAAAAGCAAUCGAAUCGGGAAAUAUCGGGAUUGGCAGAUACUCAAACUAAAACGAUCGGGAGCAAAAAAACAUGAUCGGAACAACCCUAGAAAAUAGGUAAGUACACAAUAAUGUCUCGUUAAAAUCGUGGCGUCUUUAAUUCUGCUCUCCCAUGCUCUCGCCUCCAGUUAGGGUUUGGCUGUUUAUAAUUUUUUUUUUAAAUGCCCUCCUGUUCAAAAUGUUUCAUCCUCCAGAGAAUAGUGAUUUUAAGCUUUUCAAUAAUGUAUCACACAUGCAGAUCGGACAAUGUGGAAAUUUGGCCGAAUUGGGGGUCUCAGAGCGGAACUUCAAGUCACCUGAGUAUUUUCCGCCAUAUACAGUGGGGCAAAUAAGUAU